AUGAGUGAAUAUCUCCCCUCGUUCAUUGUUGAACCUGUCCUGCGCCAAGCGAGGCGAUUCUCCCGCCUCAGCGGCACAACUGAAGACUCGCCCGGUUUCUUCCCUGCCGUGCCCGACCUGCAACGCUGGAGCCCCUCUCGUCUUUGGAACACUUCCCCUCCGCCUUCGCUCGAAGAUCCUGCGGUCGAGCCGGAGUCAGAGCACAGGGAGACCACUGUGCAAUCUAUCACCAGGACCAUCCAGCUAUGGGCCAAUCAGCUGAACAGCUUCGACUCCAUUCCCUCUCCUCCUUUGGAGUCCGACGACGAUUCGAGACAACUACCAUCCGGACCACCUCUGCGGCAAGAGCCUCCUAAGACUGAGUUCCCUCAUCUUGAGCGCGGCGCUUUACAACCGUCGCCUCCCGCUAUUCUCCCAAACCAUCGCACGAGCAGCGAGACCUCCCUGAAUCCUGCCAAUGAGCUGCCGUAUCGGUCUCGCGUACAUGAAGACAGUGCAAGGCCUCAUGCAGCAUCUGAUCCGCUGACAGAUUUGUCGAGAGUUGCAGAAGUGGCGGGCACGCAAGAUGUACAAGAGAACGGGGGUGGCCGGAGGAGGGACGGGUCGGGGACUCUGCCUGAAGACGAUGGUAUGGGCCCUCUCAGACAAAAGAUCAAUGCGGUGUGGUCAGGCCCGGGUACGCCUGCUGAGAAAUCAAGGCUCGUCCAUGCAUUGAUGAUGGAGCGGUAUCAGAAGGGUCUCGCUGGUAAAAGCUUGCUGUCCAGAUCGCUAGACCCUUCUCCCAGACCGGGAUCACCGAGUUCGACCAUGUCAGGCGUUGGCCAGGAGAUCAACUACAACCUCACUCCAGAAGCCCUCCAGCCGACCUAUGCACCUCUUGAUCCUGAUGACAUGGACUCAUCUGGCGAAAUAUCUCAGCCGGUGCUUGGCUGUGUCCAUUACAAGCGAAAUGUAAAGAUGCAAUGCAACAUGUGCGAAAGAUGGUACACCUGCCGAUUAUGCCACGAUGAAGCCGAAAACCACACUUUGCCGCGUCGAGAGACCAAGCAUAUGCUGUGCAUGCUUUGCAACACUCCACAGGCAGUCGGUCAAUUUUGCAAAACGUGCCAGGUCCAAACGGCGUGCUAUUACUGCCCCAUCUGCAUAUUGUGGAACGAUGAUCCGGAAAAGUCCAUAUACCAUUGUGACGACUGUGGUAUAUGUCGGCUCGGCGAGGGUUUGGGCAAAGACUUCUUUCACUGCAAAACAUGUGCAGCUUGCAUGUCCAUCCAGGCCGAAAGCACCCACAAGUGUAUUGAAAGAAGCACCAAAUGCGACUGCCCCAUCUGUGGUGAGUAUAUGUUUACGUCGAAUAAACCGGUUGCGUUCAUGCGUUGCGGCCAUAGCAUCCACGAGUCUUGUUUUUCAGAGUGGUGUAAUACAAGCUACAAAUGCCCGAUUUGUUCCAAGAGUAUCGCCAAUAUGGAGAGCCAAUUUCGACGCUUGGACCGGCACAUUGAGGAACAACCGAUGCCAGAAGAGUAUCGAGACAAUCGUGCCUACAUCUUUUGCAACGAUUGCAACAGCCGGAGCGUGACCAAAUAUCACUGGCUAGGGCUAAAAUGCUCGAUCUGCGAAUCUUACAAUACGACUCAGCUGGAGCUUCUGGGGGCUGAAGAAACUCCACAACUACAGGAACAACAGGAACGAGCGCAGCAAGCAGGAACGUCUGAAGCGGCCCUGACAGCGAGCCAGAGCCACACGCCGACGGACCGAGCGACGCAACCCGUGGAUAUAGUAAGAGCGUCAAAUCAAGCUGUGCCUCAACCUAACGAAAUAGGAACAGCGUCAAAUACUCCCAGGAGCCGGUCGUCUUGGCUUCUGCCUCAUUCACCCACAGCUCGCUCGGCCCGUUCUGUCUCCCCGGUUGUCGGAAGUUAUUUCGGAACUGGGCAACGAGCAGCAGGCACACCCGAAGCACCUCCACGCGGAGCGGCCUCCUUGGACGACGACGAGGAUGACGAUGAUCUCGAUUUCUGGGGCCGGCCCAACUCGCCCCGGCAACAUAACGCAGCCGACGCUGAAUCAGAGUCCGAGUCCGAGUCCGAGAGUGAACGUGAUGAGCCAAUGGAGGAUGACGACGGUGAGGAAGAGGAAGAUGCCAUGGACUUGAUCGGACACAGAUGA